AUGCAUUCGUUCGUGUUACUUCUCUUCUCUACCUUCCUCUACACCACUGUCACAUCAACUCCAAUCAAUAGGCUCAUUCAUGGCCAAUAUCACACAAAUAAUCUAUGGCCAACAAAUCGCACACUCACUUGGAAGUUGACUCUUGAUCGGCCCUCAACUGGUAUAAUCAACAUUCGACAAAGUAUUCUGCAAGCAUUGCAUGACUGCGCUCAUUCGACUCACCUCUCGUUUCGCGAAGUUGAUCAGCAUGAAAAAGCUGAUUUUCAUUUCGCAUUUGUUUCUGCCAACCACUCAGCUGGACUUGCGUUCGAUGACUUCCGUGGAGAAAUGGUACACAGUUUCCCGCUUGAGAGUGUUCAUGCUGGACAUAUCUAUUUUGAUUCGACUGGUAACUGGUCUCACACGUCCGAUGCCGUUGAUAAUGACUUGCGCUCAGUGGCUACACCUGAAAUAAUAUCUAGUUUUGGUCGUCAACAUUCAGAACAUUUCGUACGGGAUGAAGAUGAUGACGAAGCAAUGCAUGAGGAAAUGGAAAGUACAAUAACAAAUGGAAGUAGAAGUCGAUUUGCAAGAUCAUCAAAAUGCAGAAAAUGCAGUCAUCAUCACCACCGUCACGGAAGACCCCAUAAGCACCAUCACAGAAGACCGCAUAUACCACCGCCAGCACUUCCGCCAUCGCCACCGCAGCCACAACCACCGCCAUCGACAACAACUCAGAUAGUUACGACAACAACCGAUAAACAAACGCCGAAAAGAUUCAAUGAAAGCUGGCUAUAUUCAGUGACAAGAACAAUAAAAGAAUUAAAAUAUGAUAACACUUCAAAAAGUUUCAGUGAUAUAUCGAAGAUGAUCGAAAAACUUACCGGUAUACUUCCAGCAGAGGUUAUUCCUAUUUUACAGACAUUAAGUCAUUCUUAUGCUAAAACCACAGCAAAGACAAAACUGAAAUUUGCAUACAUAUCUGGUAUAUUAUCAAAAUUUGUGAUUAAAGCGUACCGCGUUGUACAACAUGGUAUGGAAAGUGAUGAUGAACAGAUUUUAAAGAGUUUCAAAGAACAAUUAAAAACGAAUAUCAUCGACGACUUACAUGAAUUUAGUGACACAGCACAGAAUGAAUUGCUGGAUAUUCAUAAAAGAUUGUUACCAAAAGCACAAGCUAAUAAAACUGCCCAUUUGAUGAAGAAAAUCGAUAAUUUGAAAGCUGAUUUAUUAUUGUUUAAAUCAAAAUUCAAAAAAAUAACUUCUGAACGCAAUGAAAACCAAGGCCAGAUCGAUUCACUUCGUUUUGAGAAGAAAGUGUUCGAAGAAGCUUAUAAAGAUUUGCAGAAAGCUCAAGAAGAAACGAAGAAGGAAUUAAACAAAUUGAAAGCAGAAAUACCCAAUUAUGAAGACGAGAUAUAUCAACAUCGUGAUACUCGCUCAGAAAAACGUGGGUCUUUCUGGAUAUUUUCGUGGAAAACACAGGCCGUUCAUAAGAAUAAUGGUGAACAAAUCGCACGGGAAAAUUUAGGCCGAUUACUACAACGAAUCCGCGCUCUUGAAGGAACAUUAACGAAUUGGCCAAACCAGAAUUUGACUAAACGUGUAGCGGACAUAACAGAUAAGUUGACGACUUCUGAAUCAAAGCAAAACUGGUUAGAUGAUGAAUACACACAAGCCAAGAAAGACCAUGAUAAGAAAGAAAAAGAAUUUAAUGCAGCUGUUGCAGAAAUGAACAAACUCUAUAAAUCACUUGGAAUUUCCAACACUGCCAGUUUGAAUGCAGUUGAUGAUUUAUGCCGUGCUGUUUACAAAGGACAAGAGUCUAUGAUAGCAUUGUAUGCUAAAGUGCUAGAGUACUUUAACGCUCUCGAAGUUGAUACCGAUAUGCUCGUUGGAUCUAUAACUGCAUCACUACGCUUCUUGAACAUGGCCGAUGCAUACAUGGGCACAACAAGAAUUGAGAAUAUCAAGCAAGUACUAGGAUUUGAAUAG